AUGCCAUUACGAGGUUCAUCACAUUCACAUAUGUCAAUUUCGGGAGAAGAUAUACUUAUAUACGAUGGGUCUCAAAUCGAUGAAGAAACACAUGAAGAGAUUGUUAAGUUUUGUGACAAAUGUAUUAUGACACAAUUCCCUUUGUUAGAUGAAGAUACAGAAUUACAUAAUAUCGUCAAAGAAGCACAAUCUCAUUAUCGUAAUCAUUCAAAGUCUUGUUUAAAAUAUCAUGAAACAUUGGACCGUUUUGAAUUCCCUCGUUCUGUUGCUCGACGCACAUUCAUAUGUGAACCAAUUGAAGUUGAUAACGAUAAUGAUAAACAGUAUACCAAAAAAGUAAAUGAAAUUUUUACAGAAAUGAAUGCAACAAUGAAUGCAUUAGAAAAAGAGAAAAUGUUGUCAUGGUCCGAUUUUGAUACUCUUCCAACGAAGUAUAAUUGGAACUAUGAGGACUACGAAUGCGUACUUAGAGUAGUUCAUACUAGAACUGUCAUAAUUCAUAAAAGAGAACCCAACGGUCGAUGGGUUAAUCAGUAUAAUGAAGAAAUGUUGAGAGUAUGGAAGGCUAACAUGGAUAUUCAAUUCGUACUUGAUACAUAUGCCAGUGAAAAAUAUUUAAUGUCGUACACAACAAAACCAGAACGAGAAAAGAGUUUGCUAUUUGAAGGAAUUCAUAAAGAAUAUCGUGAAGGAAAUAUGUCAGUACGUGAAGAAAUGAAAAAAUUAACAGAUACAUUUUUUAAUCAUCGACAAGUUAGUGUGCAAGAAGCUAUUUACAGUAUGACUAAAAUGUCACCAACAUAUUCAAGUUGA